UCAGCGUUCACUGCGGUUUAGCCUUUGUGGCUCAAGUUCAACCUGAAAAUAUCAUUAAAAAUGAAGGCACGACGCUCUAGACGACUCAGAGGAUUGGAACCUGAGGUUUUUCCGAGAUUUAAUGAACGUCAGAGGUCCACACGUAUAUUUUCACGUCGUAGACAUAAACGUGCGAUCGAAGCACUUUCUGAUGCGAGGGAUCACGUUCUGCUGCAAGAAAGGAUCGGUCAAGUAAGAUAUGAUUUUAGAUAGAUUUAAGCACAGCUUAUGAUCUUAUAAUCGGUCCUUUACACGGACACGGAGAAGUUGCGAAUGAAAAUCCGUGAAUAUUACCACGCACUUUAUCCAUGGUAGGAGCUUUAGUUUUGUUGAAGAGAAUUAGUUUGUACAUGUCAUAAGCUAAGUAGCUACGCAAAAAAAUGCGUGUUAUAGGCAUUUUAAAUUCCAUGAAAUGAAGCUUUCGGCUGUGGAGAUAACUGGAGUUAACUUUAUUUUUCAGAUUGUUGAUCGUUGUGUAGAUGUACCCGUGACAGAUUUCAUGAAUUUAAUCGGCUACAUCCUUGUGGAAGCACGAAGGAGACGGUUCUCGCGUGUAAAUAUUUUGAUAAAUGUAGCAACGUGUCUCGAAUUCGACUUGGAUGAUGGUUUGCGACUCCGUCAGUUUGUGGAAAAUGUUCUGCCCAACGACCUAAUUUUUGCUUGCUCUUUGUAUUUUGAUUUUCGUCCAAGAGGACUGUUAAGAGGAGUAUGUCGCUUUGAAGAUAUCUGUGUAAUACGGUUUCGUUGA